AUGCCCUUCUUUUCUCGUGUCUUUCGGGGCAAAGACUCCACCGCAACAAAGAAACAGGCCAAGCCUACUGCGGCUGUAGACCUGGUCCCUGCGAAGCCCAAAUGGACGGAUGCAUGGCAGCGGACAGAGGUUGCGCCGGAGGAAGUCCAAGACCUUGUAAGAGGGUGUGUGCAUGAGCUCAAGGCCCGAGCUCUGGAUACCCCAUUCCUCCUCCUACCGUUCCGUCCCAGCUCCGAUCCCAGUGCAGCCCGCACGUUCAUUCGCAAUUACUUCAAUCAAUCCGUUGAGAAGGGCUCCCCUGUAAAUGGCGAUGAUUUGACGCAGGAGCUCCGGCUCACUGAGCCGAUGGUUCUCUGCAGUGUGAUGAAAUGGUGCUGGAGCAGACUCCCUGGUGGUGUUGUCACCUGGGAGGCGUACGAAACAUUCAAGAUGGGCGAACAUGAUUCGGAUAUGGCCCGUGAUGCCUUCUCGACUUUCAUUCCGAUUGGCGGUGAUUCCGAUGCGCGCACCAACAUCAUCUUGGACUUUUUCGACCUCCUGGCUGCCAUUGCGGCGCAUGGGAAAUCCAACGGGUUGGGAGGCCGCAAGCUUUCCCGGUAUGCCGGAUGGUGGGCGUUCGAACAUGUCGAUACAGGCAAUGGCUUCGAAGCUGCCUAUAAAAAUUGGGCUAUUGCCGCCGAUGCUACCAGUCACUUGUUCUUCGCCUAUCUUCGCUCAUUGGCCCCCGAUGUUCCUCGUGGCGUGAGCGGCAUCUCCUCGCUCCCCAUUUCACUUCAGUCCCUGGUUGAGGCGACCGAAUAUCCUCCACAGACCCCCACUUUGCUGCAGGUUACGACUACCAAGGUAGUCAUGAUCGUGGAGAAUGUCUCCCCGACGCCAUUUGCCUUGUUGCGACGAGCUAGGAACUUUGAGUACCGCGACGACGACUGGCACCUGCAGGAGUUUGCCAACUACGAGGACCCCACCACUGCGUUGACUGACGAAUGUCUCCGCGUGCUCAAGUGCAUUUCAUCGGCCAACCAAUCCAGCGUCUCAAGCACCAAGCAGUCGACCAGUCUACGUGAUGCAUCUUGGUCUCGUUUCGAGGAUAUUGGAUUCGGUGGUUCCAUCGACUCUGACCCGGAAGACGAAAAUGAUGCACCGCCGGCAACCGCAAAGAGUGGAACUGUGGGGUUGAACAUCGCUCCUAAAUCUGGAACGGGUGACCUUGGCCGCCCUACCACCCCCUCGUGGGCAGACUUCAUGUCCUCCGGGUUUGCGGAAGAGAGCAACCUGAAGCCCAACGUGGGUCCUCUGCUCUUGCCCCCCGAUAAGGUUCUCCCUCCCAUUGCCGCUGUACGUGGCCAGAGCUCUCAAUCCCACAAGCGCUCCCUGGAUAUCGAGCCGGCUCUGGAGCCAGCCGAGUUGGCGAGCAUCAACACCUUGGACAUGGAUGACUCUUUCUGGUGGGUCUGGAUCAGCAGUUUGUCAGAUGAUGAGCCAGCUGCCCGCAAGGCUGUGUUUGGCAGGUGCGCCCUUCUGGAGACAAUCAUUCGGGAUACGAAAUGGCUGGUUCUUGAGGAGCAGGUGAAGGGCGCAGCCCCUGAGCCCGAGGCCGGAGCUCAAAUUGUUGAGAAGAAGCGAUUCUUCAGCUUUGGUAGCAAGAGGGGUAAGCUCAGUCGCCGCAAAUCGUCGGCUAAGAAGGUCGACUCCAUUGAAGACUCGUACAAGCGGCCCAACAAUGCGGGUCCACAAAGCAAGACCAGCAUUGGACCCGACCAACACAAGCGUAUCCAGGCUGCCGCGGCUGCUCUCCAAAAGAAGCACCGCGAGCAAGAAGCGGAGGCGAAGCAGAAUCGCGCAGACGCCGCUACCAACCGUUCCACCAAGACCAAUUCCGUCAUGACCCUCCAGCCUGCCAUUGUGGACGAGGCUUCCCCAGCUAUGAAGUGGACUAAGAACUACGACAAGGGUGCAUUCCGGGCUGCGUAUCUCAGUGACUCCCGCGCAGGCACUGGCCAUGUUGAAGAAAUCCGGAACACACCUGAGCCUACCUCCAAUGUGUCCGCGGAGAAGACUACCACGCCGUUGCCGCCUCUUCCAGAUAACACCACUGAAAGCGCUCCUGUGCCACCCCCUAAGGAAACAGCAACAGCAGCGAUAGCUACUCCUCUUCCCCCUUCUCCUAAAGAAGCGCCGAAGAAAGUCGUCAAGGUUGCCACUCCCGAAGAGGAAAAGGUCGCCGUGAAGCCUAUCGUUGUUGAGCAGCCCGUUGAGCCUCGGGAAUCACUAGACGACUCAGGCAAGAAGCUGAAGAAGAAGACCGGCAACUCCGCCUUCAAGAGCAUGUUCACCGCCAAGAAGAAGCCGGAACAGCCACAGCCUCCCAUGAAGGACAUCGGUUCCAAGGAAACCUCUGCUGUAGCGGCUGCCCGUGCGGCUCUCGAAGCCAGAACGAAAGCGGCCCAGGAGUCCACUCCCGUGGUGAAGAAGAAACCUCUCCCCAAAGAGGCCGCUGUUGCGGCUACUACGCCCGCAGUGGCUGAACUUGAAACCCCCUCAACACCUCAGCAGGCUGAGCCUUCCGUCGAGCAAUCCGAGACCAAGCCCGCGAGCCCUACACAGCCCACAACCAUCGAAGGUAACGGGGCGCCGCCAAAGACCAGACGCGCCGUGGAAUACGAGGCUCUCUCACGCGUUGCUACCCACGAACGCGACGCGGCCGAUCAGGAGUUCUCCAAGUUCGACCAAGGACCCUUGACUGACCAACCUGCUUUCGUCCCCGAGGACUCUCCCGUAGAGCCUGUUGUGCCUGUCGAAGAGAAGACCGAGCUUCCCCAGACUCCUGUGAACGGCAACGGUAUCCAUCCCGAACCCGCCGCCUCGCCCGCGGCAACCGAUGCUACACAGGACCGCUGGAAGGCGAUCCGUGAGGCUGCUGCCCAGCGUGCCGCAGCCGCAGCUGCCGCCGCCCAGGCGGAACAAAAACAAGAAAUAGAACUGGAGAGCGAGACCAACACCCGCACUAGCCAGUCAGAGCGCACCGAUGAGGGAGACACCAGCGGAGAAGAGACAAUCGAAGCUCGCGUCGCUCGCAUCAAGGCCCGAGUAGCCGAAUUGACCGGCGGUAACUCAGACGAGGCACGGCGUUGA